AUAAUUUUAUACCUGAUUCCUGAAACUCAGAACCUGAUACGGUGAGGUGAGCAGUUGAGACUUGAGAGAGGCGGAGAGCAGAGCAUCAGAGAGAGAACAGACUGAACAGUGGAGAGCAGAGACUAGAGAGAAAGGGAAUAAUAGAUAAGUACAAAGAUGGCUUCUGGUUUUGCUUCGAAAUGGUCUAAAGUGGGCCGUCAAUUGCUAGGGGGCCUCGGUAACAACUUUUCUGGUUUACUUAGCACAUCACAUGAGAUAACAUGCGGUAAUCCCUUAUUUCAGCAACAAAGGACUUUCAUUCAGAUGAGGACUGUUCUCAAAGUUGUGGACAACUCGGGGGCAAAAAAGGUGAUGUGCAUACAAGCUUUAAAGGGGAAGAAAGGUGCAAGAUUGGGAGACACAAUAGUUGCAUCAGUCAAGGAAGCCCAUCCAAAUGGAAAAGUCAAGAAAGGAAAGGUUGUAUAUGGUGUGGUUGUGCGUGCUGCCAUGCAACGCGGCCGCUGUGAUGGCAGUGAGGUUAAGUUUGAUGACAACGCUGUGGUGCUUGUUGACAAGCAAGGGCAACCAAUUGGGACAAGAGUUUUUGGGCCCGUCCCUCAUGAGCUAAGGAAGAAAAAGCAUGUCAAGAUUCUUACUUUGGCGGAGCAUAUUGCCUAAAGGAGGGACUCCAGAUACAUGAGUGACAGCUAUAGGCAUAGUAUAAUAGAUCUAGCAUAUGCUUUGUUAGACGCUUGAAAUUUAUUUCAAUUUUAUGCACUUCUUUGUGAGAGGGGAAAAAAACCCGAAAGGAAUGUCUUUUAUCCCAUCAAUUUUCAAGUAGUGAGGUAAUAGAAUGACCUGUAAUAUUCAAAUAAGCAAUGCUUAUAAUGCUGCCAUUAGUUAGCUCAA